UCGUCGUCAGCACAGAUCACAUGGACAUGGAUGCUUUAGAUGUUAAAGUCAGACAUUUUAUGGAGCGGUUUGAGAUGAUGAGGACUAAUAUUAACAUCUUGUUAAGCAAACAUAUCCAAGGAGUAACGGCUAACCUGAACAACAUCACAUUCGGAAGUCACUCCGCUGGGGCGGAGAUCACAAUUGCUAUGAUGAAGCUAAAUCAUCAAGGAAUUAAGGCCUCUGUAUUUCUGGAGCCAAUGGUGAUGUACCUCAACACAACGAUACCAUUUGAGCUUCCAGCAGUGAUGUUCGGCACCCAGCUAUCCGAGGAGGGCUCUUCUAUCUUAUUCCCACCAUGUGUCUUCCCUCAGUAUGACUUCACUCACGUGUACGGCAACUGGUGCCUCCAAAAAUUCAAAUGGAGGCCAAGGGCUACGGGCAACUGUGACAUCAUGGACCCCGAGGGCCGUAAUAUGUGUAGAGAGAUGCACCUAUGUAAGAUGGUGCCCAACGCUGACCUGCAGUCCUACCAACUCUACAUCCAGGGAUUGACCACAGGCUUUCUUGACUGGGUUCUACAUAAACGCCAAGACAUAAGCUACCUAACCAAUUCAACCUUGGCGCCAAUUCCUCUCAUGAACUUAAAAUUCGAAGGAUUACCGGGAUAG